GACUGGAAGACACCGGCCUUAUAUCUCCAAGCCCUCCGGUCGCCCGGCAAGACCAACUGUGCAGCAUUAGCAUCCAGCCUCGCCGACUUCAAGUACCAGAACCGUCAUGCGGUCGAGAUAAACUUCAAUAGUCAUUCAAGUACGGGGUGGGCAUCUGGUCAUCUCUGCGUGUGCUCUCUCCUACCAAAUGCCCAGGGGCACAUACUGACGAUAUACAAAGAGCAAAACCCGAAGCCACCUCCCCAAAUGACCAUGCAGGCCUCAGUCCAAGACGCCAUCCGGGGGGAAGAACGAUCGGUGUGGGCAUGGGCAAGGCGAAGAUGUGUGCGACUCAUGGGACAGCCGUUGGUCAAUAGGCGUCUCAAGUACACAACAAUACUUGGAAAUGGGUUCCAGACCUGACCAGUGGGCUCAGUAGAGACCACUUAGAAACAGUUGGGCAACCGUAG